UACAGGCGGCAAGUUGAGGUUUCUGAGAAACAUUUUGCCGGGCUUUUUCUUGAUGAAUGCAAUAAAGAGUGCAGGUAUAUAGAGUGCGUGCAAGGCAAAAUGGUUUGCUAUUAACUAACUACGAGAAAAGGCAUUAUAAAUUUGUAUAUUUAUCGUGUCAAUUGAUCUAUACUCGACACAAGGAUGCCGAAGGUAAAUACCUUGUUUAACUACUUCUCUUCACCAAAAGGUGUUACACCUCAAUCUAAAAUUACGACGAAAGAAGAGUCGUCACCAGCAUCAAAGACCUCCAAGGCCAAGUCUGAGACCCACAAAAGUGAACAAAAGAACAAAGGAAAAGAAAAUAUAAAACAGAAUAAAGAGAAAAAAAGACCUUUGGAUGAUGUUGAUGAGAAUGAUGUGGAUGAAGAGAAAGAACAUAUUAUAAGAAAACCAACGAAAAAGAGGAGAAUUAUUAUCCCGGAUGAUAACAGUGAUGACUCUGAAGAUGAAUAUAAACCUGAUGCUGAAGAGGAAGAUGAUACCUCACUUUCAGAAGCAGCUAGUGAAAGUGAACCACCUACUGAAACUGAUGAAGAUGAGAGCCCCAAGAAAAAACAAAAGUUGAAUAUUUGCAAAUUCAGAGGGAAAAGCAUUAGUGCCAAGAAAGGAAAUAUUAAUAAAUCAACUAUCAAAAAUUUGAAUUCCAAUAAGCAAAUCUCUGGAAAAGCAUCUGAUACACAGUCUUGGCCACAUUUGACAUACGAUUUUCUUCAGCCAGAUAAAAUUAAAGACAAUAAUAGACGUUCGGUUGAUCAUCCAGAUUAUGAUCCAAAAACGGUAUAUGUGCCACAGGAAUUUCUGAAUAACUUAACACCAGCUAUGCGUCAAUGGUGGAUUUUAAAAUCAGAUCAUUAUGAUGUUGUACUAUUCUUCAAAGUAGGAAAGUUUUAUGAAUUGUAUCACAUGGAUGCUGUUAUCGGUGUUAAUGAACUUAAUUUAUCUUACAUGCGGGGAGAAUUCGCGCAUUCUGGUUUCCCUGAAAUUGCUUAUGGUAGAUUCUCCGCCAGUUUGAUUGAAAGAGGUUAUAAAGUGGCUAGAAUCGAACAAACGGAGAAUCCAGAAAUGAUGGCUCAACGUGUUCAAAAAAUGUCAAAACCGUCGAAAUAUGAUAAGGUGGUCAAACGUGAAAUUUGUCAAAUCAGUACUAAGGGUACAAGAGUUUAUACCUCUCAAGAUGCAGAAGCCUCUGCACCAACAUCGACAUAUUUAUUAUCCAUUGUCGAAAAGCAUACAUCUGGUCAGAAUACAUCAACAUAUGGAGUCUGCUUUGUUGACACGACUAUAGGUGAUUUCAAUUUGGGACAAUUUCAAGAUGAUAAAUGUAGCUCUAGAUUACUAACGUUACUUGCCCAUUAUCCGCCGGCCCACAUAAUCUAUGAACGCGGAAAUUUGACACCAAAUACCAUAAAGAUACUCAACAGCUACUGUCAUGGAGUUAUGAAAGAUGCCUUGCAAAAAGAGACACAAUUCUGGUCUUCUAGCAAAGUUUUGAAGUAUUUACACGAGGGUGAAUAUUUUAAACAAGAUUCGAAAUUUUCCUGGCCAAAAGGAUUAGCGCCAUACUUGAAUAAAGGCGAUAGCCUUGGACUUACAUCUGACGAAGAAAAAGAGUUAUCUGUCACUGCUUUGGGUGGCUGUGUAUAUUUAUUAAAAGAAUAUCAAUUGGAUCAACAGUUGUUGGCACAGGGAAGGUUUAAAACUUACACGCCACCCGAUUUCACCGAAAAAUCAACUAGCAAAACUAAGUUUGCUUAUAACAUGGUUCUUGAUGCUAUAACAAUAUACAACUUAAGAGUCAUUGGCAAUGACCAUUCUCUCUUUGCAACUUUAGACCAUUGCUGCACAGCUUUUGGUAAAAGAUUGCUACGAGAAUGGGUAUGUCGACCCGCAUGUUGUAAAAACAUAAUUAAUGAAAGGCAAGAAGCUAUCUUAAUAUUACUCAAUAAUCCAGAUGUUUCUCAAGAAGUUAGUAAUAAACUUAGCAAUUUACCAGAUCUUGAACGCCUGCUGAGCAAAAUCCAUGCUCAAGGUAAUGCCGCUAAAUUACGUAAUCACCCAGAUGGACGCGCGAUAUUGUUUGAUAAAGAUGUUUAUUCAAAGAGAAUCAUUAGUGAUUUUAUAACUACGCUAAAUGGAAUCGAAGAGUUAUUGAAAAUUGUCGAGCUGUUUGCAGACUUUAAAAAUCCAUUAAUCAACAAAUGCACCAAGUUGGAACCUGAAGGUGAUUUUCCUGACUUGCAAGAGACACUCGAUCACUUCAAGAACGCCUUUGAUCAUGAGGAAGCGAAGAAAGAAGGUUUUAUUGUUCCGAAGCAUGGAGUCGACAAAGAUUACGAUGCUGUUUUGAUUGAAUUCGAAGAGAUUAAAAAAGAAUUGAACGCCUAUUUGGAUAAGCAAAGAAAGUACUUUGGAGUGAUGGUCAAGUAUGUAGGUACAGAUAAAAAAAGGUAUCAAAUUGAAAUACCUGAUACUCAAAUGAAGAAAGUGGGAAGGGGUUAUGAGCUGCAAGGGUCGAGAAAAGGCUUUAAGAGAUAUACAACAGCCGAAACAAAAGAAUUACUCGGAAGACAAAUUGAAGCUGAGGAACAGAAAGAUAGAGUUUUGAAAGAUAGCAACCGCAAAAUUUUCGAAAAAUUUAGCCAACAUUACGAGAAGUGGAGCAAUGCAGUUUACAACAUAGCAAUAAUUGACUGUCUGAUAUCUCUUGCGAAGUAUGCUCGCACUUGCGACACUUGUAUUCCACACAUCUACGAUGAUACCGAUAACGAAGGGAUUUUCAUUGAAAUCAAAGAAGGAAAGCAUCCUUGCAUUGUUUCGGAAAAUUUCAUUCCCAAUGAUUCCCUGGUUGCAACUGGUGGUGCAGCCCCAUUAAUUAUCUUGACUGGCCCCAAUAUGGGAGGCAAAUCGACAUUAAUGCGGCAAGUUGGGUUGAUCACAAUAAUGGCGCAAAUCGGAUGUCAUGUACCAGCGAGUGCUUGCCGGCUGACGCUGGUUGAUCGGAUUUUCACUCGACUAGGAGCAAGCGACGACAUCAUGGCAGGACAAAGUACAUUUUUGGUGGAGCUGAGUGAAACUGCAGCUAUUCUUCAGCAUGCGACCAAAUUCUCUCUAGUUCUUUUAGAUGAGUUGGGUCGCGGUACGUCGACUUACGAUGGAACAGCUAUCGCCGCAUCGGUGGUAGAAGCUCUUACGAAAAUAAAUUGCAGAACUCUCUUUUCAACUCAUUACCAUUCUCUCGUUGAAGAUUAUAAAACAAACAAUAAUGUUACUCUUGCUCAUAUGGCGUGUAUGGUUGAGAAUGAGAAUCAAGAUGAAGCUUGUGAAGAAAACGUUACAUUCUUAUAUAAACUUAGCGAAGGAGCCUGUCCAAAGUCUUAUGGUUUCAAUGCUGCCCGACUUGCCGGUAUUCCUGUUGACAUUACCAAGCGUGCCCGUGAUAUUGCGACCAAAUUAGAAGCUGAAGUAAACCUUCGACAUACCUUUACGGCUUUGUGCAAACUCGAAGAUGAUUCCUUUAAAGUUCUCCUUGAAAAAACUCGUACCCUUCUGUUGAUGAUUUAAUUAAUAAACUUACUGUUCAUUUCAUUUACUUUUCGUAUUUUUAUUAUUUUGAAUUUGUUAAAUUUUCGUUAACUUAAUGCCUCACUCCUCCUGCCAUAGAUAUACAAACCAAUAUAAAUUAAUAGGUGGACUUAACUCCAAAGUUCAACCACGUUUAAUGCUCGUAACCGGAAAAAAAUCUAAGUCAAUAAUUUUUACUGAUCUAAGUACCAAGUUAAUUUUAGAUUGUCCGGUUUAUUAGAUUCUUCAAAAAUAAAUGUUUAAAAACGUCGUUUCAAGAAGAAAUAUUUUUUUAGGUUUGAAUAUUUCUUUACGUAACUUAAUAAAUGUAAAAUGACAGUUCAAUAUUAUUUUUGAAACAUCUUUUUCAAAUAUUUAUUUUUAAAGACAUUAAUCAACCGAAUAGUCUAAAAUUAAUUCAUGACAUUUCGAUCGGUAAAAACCAUCGACCAAUAUUUUUCUUUUCGGGUUGCGAGUACUACGCACGGUUGAUUGACAUUGGUUUAUAUAUCUGUGGAAGGGCGGGAACCCAACCCUUGAGUUAUAACAUUUACUUACAUAGUAUCUUUUUGUAGUGUCAAAUUAAAUGUUACUUUUUUCGUUAAUGUGAUAAUUCGCCUCGUACAAAGCGUAAUACCUCCAUCGCUGAAUUGGCAACGCUCAUGAC